CCAGCCUCCAUCUCCACUUUGAUGGUUGACUAUAUUACUCGUUCUCCUCAGCGCGUGUGCUCUUCUUUUGUGGACUGGCCCUUGCAACCGUCUCGUCGCCACUGUUGUCCGUCGCUGUCGCCGUUGGCGUGGUUGUUGUUGUCGUCGUCGUCCUCCUUGAUUCCCCCGCCUCUCCCCUAGCAAGCGCAUUUGUCCCGUUGUUUUUCACUUUGCGAUUCUUUCCUCCCUAUGAUACUCCCUGCAUUUGUUGCGUUCUUGUUUUGACGAAUUGAUAUGCCCUUACGAUUUUGAUCUGCUUUACCCUUUUUUUUGAUGACCAUUCCUGUCGCGCAUUCCGGAUAUAUCCCCUCGACCGAUUUACUUUUUUAGCCACCACAUCCACAUACAUACCCCCCCUCCCUCUCCUCCCUUUACUUGAUUUUUUAGAAUUUCCUGUUACACAACGGCAUUGGAGUUGCCUAUGAUGCCUUCACACACUCGUGAGGGUUCCCACGACCGGGAAUUGGUGGUUCGAAAUCAAUCCGUGCCCAUGUGGGACAGUUCGGACCCCGAACGGGCCCCCCCUCCGCUACCCAUGAACCCCAGUUCUACCAGUCCUUUGACCAGAGGAAAUGUCUCCCCGGGCAUCCAGGCCGUCGCCGCCAGUUUCCAAGAGAAGAUGCGCGAGAGCACGACGAGUCCGUACACGACAAACCCCAUGCCGCCCAAGUCUCCGGAGAAGUCUCUCAUCAAGGGCCAAUUUCACAGACGCAUGCAGUCUUUCCAGAAUACAGAUGCUCGGAGCGAAUUCCUAAACUACCUCGAGAACCGGUCACCGGAGCGGCCGCAGCGCGCAUCGAUUCAGGACCAGAGCCCCCAGCAGUACGAUACCACACCCACGAAGGAUUCUCACUCCCUUGACCCGCGAGAUGUCGACCAUAGAGAUGUCGAUCAUAGAGAACCCGAGCAUAGAGAACCCGAGCAUAGGGAAAUCGACCAUAGAGAACUCGUACAUAGAGAUACCGACCAUAGAGAACCUGACCGGGGAUUGCCUAAUCUACUCAUCUCCAACCGAUACCUCUCCAGACCAAUUCUGGGCGAAAGCACACCUCCUUCGGCGACCAUGCUGGCGCUACAAAACAUGCAAUUGCCCAUGCCACACGAGCCGCAACAACCGAAGAGUCUCGAUGCAGACCCAUUCAUCGGCCCUCCGCGUCCGGACAACCACAACUUUCACUCAUUGUCCACCCAGAUCGUCAGCCUCACAGACAUCGCCAGCAACCUGCAGCGGGAGAUGGUGCAGUUGAGCCGACGAAGUAAAGACAAUGCUACAGACCUGGUCAGCCUUAAAGCCGCAACCAACGCCCGAGAUGAGGACAUUCGCAAGAGUCUCCGUGAUUUAUCCUCCAAUCUAGCUGCAAAGUUUCUCGAUCCUGACGCUGCUACAAGGUGGGAUUUCAGUACUCUCCUGGGCUCUGAAUUUGGUAAUAACCGCAGGGAUUCGGAUAGUUCCCCGAACUCGAAGAGAACAGCGCCACGAAUGUCAAGCCCCAGUCCCUUUACCGCUUCCAUAGAUUGUGAACUGUGUGGAUCUCCUUCGCCGAUUUCCGAUGGCUCCGCCAGCAUCGCAUUGCUCGAGAAGGUCUUGAGAGAGAUGGGCACGAAAGAAAGCCAAGACAAGCUCCUGGAACUGGUCGAAGAAAUAAAGUCCAGGCCCGUCUCCGAUGUUUCAGACAAAUCCACCGAAAAUGCUAUUACGGCAAUGCUCGAAGAGAUUCUGGACCACGUGAAAGAGGAUGCCGGAAAUAAGGCCCUGAUCCGUUCACAUACCGUGAUCGGCGCCAGCGACGUUUCGUCACCGGGGAAUCCUGAUAUCGGGGUUUCCCGAACAAGGUCCUUCGGCACCGAGCAGGGAUACGAACCGGAUAUGGAGGUUGUCGAAGGCAACCACGGCCAUGUUGCGGAGCGUUCACUGGUCCCUGCGGAUAGUCAUAUGGCGGACGAGAUGCUUUCAAUCAUGAAAAGAGUGAAGACCAGCGUCAUCGAAGGAGGUGGUAUGACGAACGAAGUUAAAGCCCUCGUUCGAGAACUGCGCGGGGAAGUCUUAGGGAUGGGACGGAAUCUAGCUCGACAGAUUGAGGACGUUCAAUCUUCUCGCGCCAUAGAAGAUAAGCCCGAUGGUCCCAGCAACGAGGACAUUGCUGCUAUGGUCGAAGACAGUCUAAAUGAACUCCGAGAUCAACUGGCCUCAAUCAUCGACGAGAGCAGAUACCAAUCCUCCUCCAUCUCGGAAUUCCGGUCUGCCAUGGACAGCGCCCAAAUAUUCGGCAUCGUUAAGAAGGCCGUGGAUGAACUUGACUUGUCCCAUCUACGUGCCGAACCGCAGGGUCCUGUUAUGGAGAAAGAAGAUAUCCUCGAGACUGUCCGGGAGGCCUGGGAGACCUAUAAGCCUGAAAUCGAGCUGCAGAACUUCGGACUGGAGCGCGAAGAGAUCCUGGAGUGUUUAACGGAAGGGCUCAAAGAGUACAAGCCGCAGUAUGAGGAGGCUGUUACGUACGAUCAAGUGCUGGCGGCCGUCCAGGCUGGAGUGCAGAACUUUGAGCAACCACCAAGCAUUACCAAGGAGGAGAUCGUCCAAACCAUUCACGAAUGCCUGGCAAACUUCGAACCACCCGCUCCUCGCGGCGUGGAGCCCGAACACCUCGAGAGUAUGCGCGAUGAGAUACUGCAGGCAGUCACCGAAUCCGUCACAUCUCAAACCGCACUUACGAGGAGUACGCUAGACUCAGGACUCGGCCGCGACGACAUUCUGAGCGCAAUGUCGCAUGGCCUGGAAUCCCACUUUGCUGCAGCCAAGGAGGCGGAGCACCCGCACAUUACGAAGGAAGACGUUGCGAACGCCAUCAACGAAGCCUUUGUGGCCCAGCAGUCGGUCGUUAGCACCCACGUUCAACCGAGUGUUUCCCGCGACGAUAUCAUCAACGCCAUCGCAGAAGGGUUAGAAAGCCAAAACUCCAUGACAAGGGAGAUUGAGCUGAACAGAGAUGACCUCAUGGAAGCGAUUUCCGCCGGGCUGCACGAGGCUAACGAGGCGAACCACGGCAUAGGCGAACAGAUGCUGGAACGUGUCCAGGAGCAGUUUGAUGGCAUGAAAGAAGAGCUUGGUCAGCAAUUCUCCGUCCACGAAGGCAACGCGGAGCAGCUUCUCAACACUCUCAAAGAUGGCUUCGCCGUUGUGCGCCAGGAGGUGGAGGGAUAUGCUGCAAAUGCUGCCGAAGCUUCGGGGAAGCAUGAGAUCAUGGACACCGUCAAGGAAGGGUUCCGCCUCCUGCAGGCUGACAUGGAGAAGACAAUCACCGAGACCGCCUUCUCGAGUGGGCCUCGUGGCAACCCGGAUACGCCGGAACUUCUUGAUGCUAUGGAGAAGGAGUUUGAGCAUCUGCGCCAGACCAUGAGCUCCUUGCUCAUUCACAGCAAUGUGUCAAACGAAAAAGACGAGAUCCUAGACGCCAUUCGCGAUAUCGCCGACCAGCAAAAGAAUGCAAAGAGCGAAGAGAUUCUUGCCGCUGUUCAAAAAUUGUCCGAGCAGGAGACCACCUCCAAUAAUGAAGAGAUUCUCACAGCCAUUCGUGAGAUGUCGGAACAACAGAACAGUACGAACAGUGACGAGAUUCUUGCUGCUAUUCGCGAAAUUUCGGAACAACAGAACAGUACUAAUAGCGAUGAGAUCCUCGCUGCUAUUCGCGAGAUGUCGGAACAACAGAACAGUACUAAUAGCGAUGAGAUUUUGGCGGCUAUUCGCGAAAUUUCAGAACAACCAAAGUCUACGGGUCACGAGGAGAUCCUAGCGGCUAUCCAAGAGAUGUUGGAGCAGCAUACCCCCUCUAACAACGAUGAAAUUCUUGGCGCCAUCCGUGGUAUCUCGGAGAUCCAAAAGCCUGCCAAUAACGAUGAUAUCACCGAUAUCAUCAAGCAGGAAUUCGAGGAACUUCGUCACUCCAUGAACUCGACUCUUGUCCGUGCCGAACCGACUGAGCCGACGAGUGACAAGGAUGAGAUCAUUGCUGCGCUCCGUGAGAGCCUCGAAGCAUUCCGGGAAGAGACGAAUCAGCCCAAGGAAGGUGGUGAAAACACGGGUACCGCGAACGGCGAGGUCAUCGAUGCCUUCACCGAUGGUGUCGGUAUCAUCAGAGAAGACUUGGCGAAGCUCCUUGAAAGGCCUUCUGCUGGUCCCGAUUACUCCGAACUUCUGGAGACGCUGAAAGAAGGUCUCAGUAACCUGAAGUUAGAUGUUGAGGGUUUGCGGCAGUCCCAGAAGGAGAGUGAGGAGAUUGAGACAACCCGCGGAGGGGAGCUGAUGCUCGCCAGCGAUAACAGCGCCAGCAACGAUAUCGAAGGUCUCAAGGCCCUGAUUUCUCAACUCCAAGUCAAAGUCGAGGCCAUCGAGGCUGCUCCUCGGGCUGCCGAGGCUCCUGAAGAUAUGCUGAAAAAGGAGCAUCUUGAUGAAGUCCUACUUGGUCUACAAGAGCUUCACAGCUCGGUGACGGGGAUUGUCGCUCGGGACCAGCCUGCGGACGAGAUGGCAGCCAGGAAGGAAGACACCGAUGCUAUCGAAACGCUUCUUCGGAAUACCAAGGCCCAGCUGGAUGAGAUGACGUUCCCUGCUCCCGAUGAAAUCGCCAGGGCAGAGCAACUCCAGAGCUUGGAGGCUAUGGUCAAGGAGACCAAAGAGGCCGUAUCCGAGCUUUCCACUCGCGUCGAAUCGGAGGGCCCGACAAAGUCCGAGAUUGGUACCUUGGAGACCCUGAUGAAGGACAUGUGGAUUGCACUGGACGAGAUGAAAGGCAAAGGAACUCCCGAGGGUGAGGAGGAGAACGAUGCCGAGAAGCUGGUCAAGGCGGACCUGCAGACCGUGGAGGCCAUGAUCUUCGAAGUCAAGACCCAGGUGGAAGAGCUCAAGCUCCCCGAUAUCGAAACCUUGCCCACGAAGACCGACAUUCAAGAUCUCACCGCUCUUGUCACCGAGUUCCGCGAAAAAGUCGAUGCUGAUAGCGAGAUGACCGGACAAGCCUUCGACGCUCGAAAAGUGGAGCAUGCCGGCCUUGCUGAAAAGAUCGAAGAGGCCCGAAAUGUCGUGGAGGGACUAGGUGACGAGCUCAGAAGCAAGCUGGAUGGAAGUAGUGAGGGGCUCUCCGAGCUCAAGCAGCUCCUGGAAGGCCUGGCAGCUUCCGCGGAGAGCUUCACGACUGUCGAGAAUGUCAACGAACUGACGGACCUUAUCAAUCGGGAGUUCGAACGCGCUCGGGGUGAGCAGGAUGCGACCAAGCUCGAGAAAGAAGAGCGGGACGCAGCAGCGAUGGUCAAGCAUGACGAGACCAGGGCGGCUAUCAUCGUCGAGAUUGGCACCAAGAUCGAUGAAAAGCUUGCUGAGAUCGUGGCUAAGUACGACGAAGUCCAAUCUUCCCUGGAAACCAACCUCGACUCCAAAUUCACUGAGACGGCGGAACGUGACAAUGCGCAUCUUGAGGCCGUCACCAAUACGAAGGCUCUGGCGGAAGAUAUCAAGCUUGUCAUUGGAUCCAUGGGGAACAGCGUCAACGAGGCCUGUGAGCGGAUGUCCUCGGAUGCGCAAACCUUCUUUGAGAAGGUGGACGUGUCUUAUACCAAGAUGGAGGAGAUGCACAAUGAUGUCAAGACUCAGCAAGAGCAGGCCCGGUCGGAUAUCGAGCGAGCUGCUGCUGCUACUGACCGUGUGGAGAGCCAGCUGCAUGAGUUCCACCCCCAGGUGCUAGAGUCUAUCCAGGAGAUCCUCGCCAUCGUUGGUCAGCACUACGACCAUUCUCAGAAGUCGGCGCAGGACAUCCGGAUGGACCUCUCCACGAUCCCUUCGAGCAUCACCCCCUUGCUUCCUGCCCUGCCACCGCCGGAGCCGGAGAAAUACGAUGACGGUCCGGUUCACGAAAAGCUCAAUGAUCUCCUCGAGCGUGCAAAGAGUGAGCAGGUUCAGGAGACGCUCAACACCCUCGUCGAACGCGUUACCAAUGACCAAGUCCAUGAGAAGCUGGACAACCUCUUGAGCCACACUACAAGUACUAAUGGCCAGGUUUACGAGAAGUUGGACGAGCUUUUGGAGCAUGCUGCUAAUACCAACGGACCCGUGCACGAGAAGCUGGACACGCUCAUCGACCAUGCAAACAACCACGACGAGUCGGUUAACCAGAUGAUGAAGCUGGAUGAGAUGCACAAGGACAUUAUGGAGACCUCCCGCCGAAUGAACGAGAUGUUCGCCGCCCAAACCGCCAUGGUGGCCGAGGAUAACGAGCGCCGACGCAAGGAGGCGGAAGAAGCGGCCGUCGCCCUGGAGAGGAGAAACGCUCAGCGGGAGCAAGUGGAAGCCGAGAUCAUGACUCUGCGAGAGGAGAAGGACUCUCUACUAUCUAUCAUCCACAGCCUGAAGACCGAGAAGGAGGACCUUGUUAAGCAGAACACCAAACUUAACAAGGAGGUCUCCGGCUUGGAGAUGGCGCUUGAGCUCCGUCACGAGGAGAUGCAAGUCAUGGAAGACCGUGCGGAUAGUCUCGAGAAGCGGAUCCUCGAAGGAGUCCUGGACCACGCUCGCAGUGUCCUCCUCAGCCGUCCCAACGGGCCGGGUGUGAGAAAGGCGCGUGGAUCUCGGGCCCGCGGCCCCAGUGCGACCAGCACCGCCAGCACCGCCAAGGACGCCCGUAGCAUUCUCGGGAGCAGCGUCGGGAUGGCGUUGAAGAAGCGCGGGUCGGAAAAGGGAUCCGGCACCCCUUCCGGCAAGGAACGUCGGAUUCUCAGUCUGAGCAACGUCACGGGCAACCGCGGGCCUGGUGAGCGACAGGUGAGCGGCCAGAGCGGAUUCGCGAGCCUGAAGCGCAGCCACUCUUACCGAUCGAACGCCUCGCAGCGCAAGACCUCCUGGGGCGGUCGGAGCUCCGUGGUGAACAAGGAGAAUGAUGUCUUCCCGGAAGAGGACGAGAACCCGAGCGGAGAGGAGAGCGACGGCGGCACGGAACGGCGCACUAGCUAUACGGGCACCUAUGCCGACAGCAUGGUGUACGGCACCAACAGUGUCGCUUCCGUCGAUCGCCGGGCCAGCGCCGCUAGCUCUAGCGGGCUACAUUCCAUUGCAGACGAUCAGGAGGAGGAUGCGUCGGACGCAGAAGACGAUGCUCACACGACGAAGGCGGAUGAGCUCGACGAGGCGUCAUCGAAGAUGGUGGUCUAUGGACAUCACAGCGAUAGCGGACUCGGGGCCGACGAGCUCACGGCUUAGUGCGCGCACGUGGACGUUGGCCUGAUCUGAUCUGAUUUAAUCUGAUCUGAUUUUGCUGCAUGACCGACCCCUUCUCUUCUUUCUCUUUGUCGGUCAUGGGCAGCGUGAUGUUACUUUCUGGCUUGAUAGCAUUUCCCCCCUCCCCAUUCUUCUCCUUCGAGUAUUUGUUGAUACGUGCCUCCGAUAUGACGGUCGGGUGGCUUGGGAUUGGUUGAUUCUUUUUCCUUUGUAAUUUCCUAUGUUGUGAUGACCCCUGUAUGCCCCAUGUUUACUUACCCAUCCAUGUUUGAUUGUUUAUAUUCAGCGAGCGGACGGCAUUGGCUGAGUUUUGUAUGUAUGUACUUGAGUUAGAACUCGUCAUGAAGUCGAUACUGUUACUGAGUUA